UAACUUCCAAAUCAAAACAAAGAUGAUCAGCAAAUAAUUUUUUGUUUUAUUUGGAAGACCGGAAAAUUUCGCGUUUCUCUCUUAAUUCUAAUGCGAAAAAUCCCAAGUGCUUGUUGAAGAAUCUCUUAUAAACAAACUAUUGAAAAAGACUUCUUUAUUCUGGUGGAAAAUUUGACCAGCGAUUCUCAAAACCAUGAACAAUUCCGAUUACUUCGGUUUUGAACUGUUGUUCAAAUCCGUCGAAGGAUCCAUCGAAACCAAGUCGGAUGUUCUGAUAGCGGUGAUCCACUGGUAUUUGAUCAAGAAUUCCUUCCGAAACGUUGGCAUCGGUGACGAUAAAACUUACAACAAAUCGGAACCGUCGAGUGAGCUGCUACCGGAGGGUUGGAACAGUAACCCGAAAGCAUACGCUCUGCGGUAUGUCAACGACGGGCAGCUGUACAUUCUGCACGGCAUCGACAGCCAGGGAACCAUGAUUGUCAACCUGAUUCAAGUGAAUACACUCAGCGUUUCGAAUGUCAGUUUCCAAAUCGAUUCGGUGGUCAAAGGGCUUGCAGGACCAAUAACCUCUCUUAUUCCGACGGUGGCUAACGAGUUGGAUCGCAUUCGGAACGAGCUACUGUUGCCGGUGUUUGAGAGCAACAAACGGGACGGUUCCUCACAGACCACCGCAAAGGAACAGGAGAAGCUGGACAAACCGGACAUUCUGCCGGCGAAUCCGCUUUUGAUAGGACCCCGCAUGCCGGCCGGAUUCAACUCGGAACCGUUCGGUAUUGGGAACGUGGGCCGCGGUGAUUUAGAUCCUUUUGGGCGCGGCGGGGGUAUGUUGUUUCAACCACCCGGCGGCUUCAACCCGUUGGCCGAUUUAAGAAGACCAGGACCAAGCGGCAUUGUGCCAGGAGCACGAUUCGACCCGUUCGGCCCUUCGGUCGGUCCCAACCCAAGAAACCGUAACCCGGGUCCGGAUCCGGAUCAUCUUCCUCCGCCAGGCUACGACGAUAUGUUUAUGUAACGCGCGAUUUUUUUUUUUCGACUGGAUCCAUAUGGAUACGCUUUAGUUAUAGAAAAGAGCUCUGUUUGAACUUUUGAGUUACAUUUGGUGAUGUAUUGAAUAACACGGAAUUAAAUACCACAGAA